AUGAGUCAACCCCAGAAACAGAAACUAAUCCCACACCAGAACCAGAACAACCAGAAGUUAUCGUUCUCGAUUAAAUUUAUUUUUUAUUUGUGUCAAAUUAGUCAUCACUUCUUCUUUUUCUUGCCUCGCCACCUACAAAUGAGUUUAGCAACCCCGCUAUACUAUAUGGUAUCAUUCACUUCCAAAUUAAACUCAGACAUUACUAGUGAUGAAUAUACCCAAGUGGCAGACCUUAUGGUAUCUUUAGCCAAACAACAACCAGGGUUUCUUGGACUUGAGUCAACACGCGACCCCACAAGCAAAAUUGGAAUUACCAUUAGUUAUUGGAAAGACAAGUCAAGCAUUCAACAAUGGAAACAACAGUCUGAUCAUCAAUUGGCCCAGAAAUUAGGGAAAUCGAAAUUUUACGAUUACUUCAAAGUAAGGAUCGCCCUUGUUGAAAGAGAUUACCAGUUCGAAGGUGUAUAG